AUGGUGGGUGGUUCUCACUGUUCCUUGACGGACAGCUCCCGCUCCAGCAGAGGCAGCGAAAAGGACUAUGCGCUAAGCAUUAAUGUUUACGGACGGGGAGAUACCCGCCAUGGUGAUUCCCCAGCCCACUGGGAGGCUAUGCUCCACAAGCGAGGGGAGGUGGACGGCGAUUCCUACCAUGUUCGCAAGGCCGAAGACUUCUACUACGAACAUUCAGUACAGAGACGUCCGAUCGAACUAGCUACUAGCCAUGGUAGAAACGAAAUCCAGCAUCUCUCGAAGAGGAACAAGGCGAUUGCGGCUCAAAUCUUGGAUGCGUAUGGAAAGGACAGAUCCAACCUUCCACGCGGGAAUGAAACCGGCCAGGAUUGGAUCGUUGGUGCACUUGGUGCUCUUGAACGAGAGAAACUGGUGCCUCAGCGUACUAGAGACUAUUGGAGCCAAAAUAUUGGACAGGUUUCUUCGGACAUAGGCGAUCGAAUCCGGCGAGAUGGCGGCUCUUGGAUUCCGAGCACCACCGGCAACUUGAAAGGACGAGGUCCUGCCGAUGCGACCUUUGGAAGGGAGCAAGUGCGACAACCGGUUGGCCGCCUCAAUUUGGAUGACUUUGCGGGCCUCAGUGGCAGCAGCAAGUCCAGGCGGUAA